CACAAAAAGCACCUUCACUUUCAUGAGUAUCAUUCACUAGCAAAAUUGAUUGAAAUCAUUCAAACACAUUAAAUUUACUUAAGAGCAGUUUGUUAAAAGUGAAAUAAAAAUGAAACAUUUAUUUUUAAUUAGUGUCUUUCUGAUACAUUACUGUCAAAUUUUUGGAAGUUUAAAUCCUGGAAAUUUCAUAAGCUGUCCAAAGCAUAUGAAACACUUUUUAGUCAGUGAAAACAGUACCGAACAGUAUUGCGAUUGUGAUGAAAUAUAUUUAUAUCAUCCUAAACAUGAUUUUUGCUACGAUGCCUAUAGGCAAGGUCCUUGUCAAAAUGGAUAUUAUUAUGUUUUAUCACCUAAUUCUUACGUAGCAACGUGUCAAAAAAAUCCAUGUCAGAUAGACGGAAUUGUACCUUUUCGAGGAAAAUGUCACUUUCUAUGGGAAUCUGGAAAACCUUGCAGAAGCGAAACCACAUUCUUAGGAAUUAAUGACAGUUAUCAAUUAGAGUGCGGUAUAAAGCGUUACAUGGGAUCCUGGUAUGAUUUGAAAACAUCUAAGUCUUGUCCAAAAGAUUCGUUACUGACGCCAUCAGAUGACGAACAUACAAAUUAUUAUUGUAAAUGUAAAGAAACUUACAUUUAUUCAGCAAAAAAUCACUCUUGUUAUCAAGCCUACAAACAGGGACCAUGCCCUCUAGGAAGUUACUACGUACUCCCUACUGGACGAAAAGAGCCGAGAUGUGAAGUAAAUCCUUGCAACGAAGAUGGUCUUGUUCCUUUUAAAGGAAAAUGUCAUGAAAUUUAUAAAUCGGGAUAUCCUUGUGCUGAUAAUCUAACGCAUUUGACAGUCACUAGAAAAACAUUUCAAUUAAAAUGCAUUUAUCAACCACCUGUUAGUAUGGGUGGAGGUGGAAUUAUAAAUGCUCCAAUUAAAGCAUGUCCUCCUGGAAGUCGAAGAGUAGUAACUGGUUGCAAACACAUUUUCCAAUAAAAUUGCAUUUUUUAAAUAUUUCAAUUUUAUUUCUAUGCGUGAAACCUAUUUAAUAAUAAUGUUAAAAAAAUCCAGAAGACCAGUAAAAAAGUCAACCACACAAUCGUUUGAAAUCGAAAAACGAUGUUCAAAAUAAGGAAAAGCAUGUAAAUAUGUAUACGAUUUUUAUCUUAUUUUUAAAUGAUCGUGAUUACAUUAAUUUCUAUGAGAUUUCUCCUGACCGAUUGUUUAAAAUUGUAAUGUUUGAAUAUUUUGUUAUUAGUUUUUGGUCAUGUCAUUUUUAUUUAAAAUUUCCUGUGUUUAUUGAAAGUUUAGGUGUCAAUGAACAAGAAUAUACUAGAUAUUUUUUUUUUAUUCGGUCAUUCCUAUAAAAAACGAGAUUAAAGUGUUAAAAAACCGCAUUUUUAGCACAAUUGAGGCAGCGAAACAAGAAAACGCAUCAUUAUAAAAAUAUCUACAAGAGCUUAAAUAAAAACUUAAACCUUCAAGCUUAAGGCUCAGAACUGAAAAGUAUUUUAAUAAUUACUGAAAACCUGCAGUCGCUAUCUGAAAUUAUCAAAAAAGCUGGGAUAGGAAGCAGUUGGUAAAAAUCAAUUUCCCUAACCGAAUUCGCUUGCAACUUGUUACUUGAGGUUUUUUUAGGUUGCUAAUGACGAAUUGGAAUUUAGGUAUAAAAAAUUCAAAAUUGCAAAUUCUCGCUGACUCGUGUGUAAAUAUGAGGAAAAUAUUAAAAGCAUUAAAAAAAUAUUGUUUUAUUAAUAAAUUAGAAAUAAAUGUAAAGAAAACGAAAAUAGUUAUUUUUAGAAAAAGUGGACAUUCCCACAAUUACAAAUAUGGAUCAUUCAUGUAUAUGAUAAGACUCAAAAAAUUGAAAUAGUCUCUAAUUAUGAAUACCUGGGUGUAAUUUUUUCAAACUCGGCUACGUUUUUUAAUGAAACAAACUAUGCUAUUAGUAAAGCGAAUGUAGCUCUUGGAACAACAGUGUCUUUGAUAAAUCGUCUAAAUCUAAAAUCUUGCUCUUGGAGUCCAGUUAUUAGAUUAUUUAACUGCCUUACUGUAAGUAAUUUAUUUUACGCUAUUCAAGUAUAGGGUUUGAGAUAGUUUUAUGAUAUUGAAAUAAUUCAAAAUACUCUUUUUAAAAAAAUGUUACUUCUUCCAAAAAACACUCCGAACUAUACAUUGAGACUGGAGACGGGAGUCUCCAAAUUAUCAGUUAAAGUUUUUAAAUAUGUUUUAAAUUUAAUAGAGAAAAUAUUAUUGGUGGAAGAAGGCCGAUAUCCAAAAAUGUGUUUUUUAAGAUUGAAAGCUUUAGCUCAGAGCAAAAUUGGAAAAAAAUAAAUUUAAUUGGUACGAUCAGGUAGGACUUAUAUUCGAAUAUAUUAAUGAAAAAAUAAAAUGAGAUAACUUAAAUAUACAUCAAUUGCAUGCGAAAAAAAAUUUUUAGAUAGAAAAAUACGAAAAUUACUUGUAUAUGGAAGAUUUAAAAAAAUUGAGUGAAUCUCAUUCACUGCAGAUUCUGCCACACUUGGCUUUAAUUAAGGGUCCGCAGAAUUAUUUACAAAUUAAAAUUCCUUUAAAGUAUAAGAGUUGUAAGUCAAAUUCGUCUUUUAAAUAACAACUGUACUAGAAUAAUAAUAGAUAAGAAAGCUUUCAAGCUGAGUGACUCUGGAACCUGCAGCGGAUGUGAAACAAAUACUCUUGAAAUGUUUUAUCACCUUUUAAUUGAAUGUCCUUAUCUCUCAACGGAAAGAAUGAAAUAUUUUUGUGUGGAACAGGAUGAGUCUGUCAUAAGGGCCGUAAGUAUUUAUUUAUAUGUUAGAAAACACGCAAAUUAAUUUAAUGAAAAAUUUGUAUCUUUUUACCAAAGCUUUAUGUGAAAAAUUAGAUAAUAGAUAAAGUUUUAUUUAAACUUUAAUAAUCUACGGCAACCUCUUUGUAUUGGCUUGUACCAAUAUAUUCAAAUAUAAUUAUAUUGUUUAAUAAAUUAAUUAUGUUCACAAAUAAAUAAAUUAUAUAGAACUAUAAAAAACAAAAUUUUGGAAA